UCUUGGAAGUGGCCUGAGUCAGUUUAAAUCUGAUACAUUUGGAGUUCAAUUUCCUUUCUUCACAAGAUUUCGAAACUGUGCUGACAGGAGAAACUUCAUUACUGCAGGAGCAGGAGCAGGCAUUGCCUCUGUAUUUCGAGCCCCGAUGGGUGGACUGCUGUUUACAUUUGAAGAGGUGGCCUCUUUCUGGGAUCUCAAACUUGCCCUGCAGACCUUAUUUUGUUGUUUGAUGGCCGCGUUUACGACUGAUCUCCUGUCCUCUUCUUUUCAUGGAUUUGUUUAUCAGGGACAUUUUGGAUUCUUCAAGGCUGAAGAGAGUAUCUUGUUUGGGGUUAAAUAUUUGCUCGACAUGAAUAUUUUGGUAUUCAUUCCAACCAUUAUCUUGGGAAUAAUAGGAGGUCUGCUGGGAGCAUUGUUUGUCUCCAUGAACCUGAAAGUCAACAAAUUUCGGACAAAAUUCUUUAAAUUAAUUAAACAUAAGUUUAUGCAAAAGGCCUGCAAGCUUACAGAGGCAGUCCUAAUAUUGAUAAUCACAAUUACGGCUACUGUCUACGUGCCUUACUUCUUCCCAUGCACAUUGCUCUCUAGCCAUGUAACAGAAAACAGAUCAUUAUACUACAACAUUUCAGCAGAGGCUUCUCACCUACUGGGUAACACAGAGUAUUUUAAUUCAUACAACUGUCCAUUGGGAACAACCUGGAUUGGAUCCAAUGGGGUAAAACAUUCAAAUCACACUUACAAUCAAGCUGCUGCGCUUCUGUUUGGUAAUGGACAGGAUGGAAUUGUGUAUCUCUUCAGAAGAGGGACGCCUGAAGAAUUUGGAUAUGCUGCUCUCUUCACAACCCUUAUUAUUUACUACCUAUUUUCUUGUUGGACAGCUGGUACUGCUAUGGCAUGUGGACUUGUCAUACCAAUGCUGAUGGCACGGUGACACAUUGUUUAGCAUUGCUGCUUCACAGUGCCAGAGACCUGGGCUCAAUUCUACCCUUGGGUGACUGUCUGUGUGGAGCUUGUAUAUUCCCC